CCCCCCCCCAAAAAAAAAUCUCUGUUGUCUGAUUGGUCGGAGAAGUGGGACACGGCCCGGAUAGCAAAACUCUUUCGGAAUUCCCCUUGACCCCACUUCUUGCAGUCCUUGUCGGAGCGAAUAUCUGAAUCCAAUCAACCGUACCGCCACCCAAGGCCGUAGAAAGCGACAGCGUCUUUGACACUGAUGGCGAGAACGCAUUUGAAUUCAUGGACCUCGGCGAGCAAUUAGCAAGUAUUCAUACGACACCCCCGGCGGAGAUCCCGUCUCGCGACGGAUUCCACUCAACACCUUUGAGUUGGGACGCACCCCGGUCGGGACAUCGAUUCCAUUCAGCAUCAGCCGAGAGCCCCAAUGCAAUGGGGCCAGCCGCCGGAGAGAUGGCGCCUCAGGGUGACGACAGCGGUCUCAGUGAGGAUAAACAGUUACGUCUUCUAUCCGUUGCCUUCAAUAUGGGCCAGCAACCUGCCAGCUUCAUGCCAUCCGGCGGGUUCGGCAUCAGUUUUGGAACUGGACUGAAGAACACCUCCAGAACGGCGGUCGAGGACACGCAAGGUGAACCAUCGGCAGAUUCAGUGCGGCCACAGCCAAAGAGAUCGAGCCCGAGGCACACAGACAAACGUAACGACAAGGCAAAGCCAGUUGACAGAGCUGCCCACAGCGACAUUGAACGCAAGUACAGAACGAAUCUGAAUGACAAGAUUGCCGAACUACGGCAUGCCGUCCCCUCAUUACAUGCACUGCCUGAGUCUGGAUCGAAGAAGGGUAAAUCGUCAAGACACUGCAACGCCAGCAAAGUAAGCAAGGGCACCGUCUUGAUGAAAGCCACCGAGUACAUCCAGCACCUGGAACAGCGUAACAGGGCCAUCAAGAAAGAACAUGAGGCCCUAAUCCAGCGGCUACAUGUGUUCGAAACGUUGCUCAACACGUCAGAAAGGGAGCGACCCUCGACGCCAGAAUCCAAGAAGAACCUCAGCGAGUCCUGACGAAAUCUAUAAGAGACAGGCCGCCGCGGUGUCCUUGCGGGUCUUGCGGGCGAUGCUGGAGGAAUUACCGAUACUCGUCGCAGCGAUGCCAAGUUCUCCAUCUCUGCAUGUAGUUGAUAAACAUAUGCAGCUGGCAGCCACUCAUGCCGUUAAACGCCCGGAACGCCGUACAUGCUCCGAAAGUAUAAACGCAGCCCGUCAAGUAGACCAGACGCUACACAGACAACCAGAUCUUGGCCAU